AUGUGGCAAUCAAGUCAAUUAUGGGCCUCAAACUUGAUUGAUUGCCUUGGGGUGGGCGCUGCUGGUGAGCAGCUUGGAUAUCCACCAAAUGGCGGGGGUGCUGGUUUAGGAUAUGCUAAGAAUCUCAGGUGGGAUAAUGUAACCAUCUACGACGCGGAACAGGCUCCCAUCUACGUGAUGCAAUGCAUCACAUACAACGGUCAGCAGGGAAAUUGCAGUUCAUCUUUAUUCGACAUCUCCAACAUCAGCUUCACCAACUUCCGUGGCACACUCCAAGGGAGCCGCGUGGCUUACCUCCAAUGCAGUCGGGCUCAUGGUGGAUGUGAUGAUGUCCGAAUCGAGAACAUGAACUUCACCAACAUCAGUGUUGACCCACCGACUCCUGCGACAGGAUAUCGGUGCAGCAACAUCAACGAUCCGGAAGGUUUUGAGUGCUAA